CCAGCUCGUAGACUAGUCGACAUGUUCGGCGGCGGCUUCGAGAGUUUCUUCGGCGGCGGCUUCGAGGGCGGCCCCGGUGGCCCGUCCAAGCCCGUGGACAACAGCAAGUUCUACGAGGCGCUGGGCGUGCCCAAGACGGCCACGGCCGCCGAGAUCAAGAAGGCCUACCGCAAGCUGGCGCUCAAGAACCACCCGGACAAGGGCGGCGACCCGGAGCUCUUCAAGACCAUUACGGUGGCCUACGAGGUGCUGAGCGACCCGGAAAAGCGCGAGCUCUACGACCAGUACGGCGAGGAGGGCCUGCAAAACGGCGGCGGUGGCGCGGACGCCAGCGACCUCUUCUCGCAGUUCUUCCGCGGCCAGGGCGGCCGCCGGCCGCGCGGCCCGCAGAAGGGCGAGGACCUGACGCACCCGCUCAAGGUGUCGCUCGAGGACCUGUACAACGGCAAGACGGUCAAGCUGGCCGUGAACCGCGACGUGCUGUGCGGCCGCUGCGAGGGCCGCGGCGGCGCCGAGGGCGCCGAGAAGACGUGCGACACGUGCCAAGGGCGCGGCAUGCGCGUGCAGCUGCGCCACAUCGCGCCCGGCAUGGUGCAGCAGAUGCAGAGCGUGUGCCCGGACUGCCGCGGCCAGGGCAAGAGCAUCCGCGAGAGCGACCGCUGCAAGGGCUGCAAGGGCAAGAAGGUGACGAAGGAGCGCAAGGUGCUCGAGGUGCACAUCGAGAAGGGCAUGCGCAACGGCCAGCGCAUCACGUUCUCGGGCGAAGCCGACCAGGCGCCCGGCACGGUGCCCGGCGACAUUAUCUUCGUGGUGCAGGAGAAGGAGCACGCCACGUUCCAGCGGAAGGGCGGCAACCUCAUCAUGGAGAAGAAGAUUAGUCUGGUGGAGGCGCUCUGCGGCUUCGAGAUGAUCGUGGAGCACCUGGACGGCCGCCACCUACACAUUAAGACGCGGCCCGGUGAGAUCAUCAAGCCCAACCAGUUCAAGGCCGUGCACGGCGAGGGUAUGCCCACGCACGGCAACCCGUUCGUCAAGGGCCAGCUCGUGAUCCUCUUCAAGGUGCAGUUCCCGGAGAGCGGCAGCCUCUCGGAGAAGCAGCUGAGCAUGCUCAAGAGCACGCUGCCCGCCCCCACGCCCCUGGCGCCCGUGGCCGAGUCGGAGGAGUGCUUCCUCUCGGAGUUCGACGCCGAGGCCGCCAAGGCCGAGCAGCAGCAGCGCGAGGCCUACGACUCGGACGAGGAGCGCGGCGGCCAGCGCGUGCAGUGCCAGCAGCAGUAG